AUGUCGCUCUUCGGCCAGUCCAAGGGCUUCGGCUCCGGAGGCCUUUUCGCACAGUCUCAGCCAGCUCAACAGUCGCAACCGACACAGCCGACAAGCAAUACCUUUGGCCAAACCUUGGGCGGUGCGCAGCAGGGCGGCGGUCUAGGCAGCUCGAUGAUGCAACAGCCGCAGCAGGUUCAGCAAAUGCCUGCCCUCGCACAGUCUGCAGCUCAACUCUCGAGCUCGCUAUGGCAACCGGGCAAGGAGACGCCUCACCAGAAGCCCAUCCUGGACCAGAUCAAGCUUGUCACGGAGAAAUGGGACCCGUCAAACCCCAGCUGCGUCUUCAAGCAUUACUUCUACAACAAGGUUGACGAGGCGCACAUCCCCUUUUACAAGCCCCAACCGCACGAGGACCCUCGCGAAUGGGAAGAGGCGCUGCAGAACAAGCCGGCGCCAGGCUUCAUGCCGGUGCUCUGCUCUGGAUACACCGGCGUAGCAGACCGCCUCAAGACACAGAAGCGGGCCAUCUCCGAAUUCAACACGCGGCUGCACCAGAUCAAUAGCAGCCUCGAUGCCAUUCUCCAGCGCCACGAGCUAGAGACAGAGGUCAGGGCACUUGCGGCACGGCGACGACAGACUGCCAUAAGUGAGCGGUGCCUGGCGUUGGCCGCACGGGUUCAGAUUCUGCGGAAUAGGGGAUACGCGCUGAGCGGCGACGAGGAUGACCUCAAGAACCGACUACAGAACCUGUGCAGGGAGGUGCAAGACCCGGCCCUGGGCGCAAGAGAGGAGGAGCUGUGGAGCAGGCUGAUUGUGCUGCGGGCGUACUCUGACCGUCUCAACAAGGAGCUUGACAAGCCGGCGGUUAACGGCAGCGAAGAGCUCGACCCGGAUAUGGUGGCCAAGGCCAAGCGGGUACUGGAGGACUAUGAGAAGCAGCUUCAGCACCUCAAAAAGGAACUGGAGGCGCUGGGGCUGGACUUUGAUGAGUGGGAGAAGAGCCGUGGCGCCACCACGAAAGCUAGAUAA